GCGACGGGUCAAAGACGGCGAAGACAGCGACGACGACGCCAGAGCGAAUUAUGGAUCGGCGUUUAAAUUUAGUUCUUGUUGGUGUCUGUAGGGUGGAUUGACCGGUAGUGGAGUGCACUAUUAGGGAGAGAAAGCAAAAUAGCAAAGUGUAGUGACAAUCAGCAAAGCACCGCCGUAGACAAUCUCUAGACACUUAGUGAGCUUCAACAGAAAAAAACAACUCUUCAAAAAUGAACCGCCAACGCUCGUCGGUCCGCAGCCGCGGCUCGUCCUCCACCACAACGAGCGACCCCCGCGAGAAGGUCAAGGACUGCUGCCGGAAGUUUAUCGCCUUCAUGUGCACCCAGGUCGGCGUUGGUGGCCUGAUCGUCGUGUACGCGCUGGUGGGCGCCGCCAGUUUCAUGUCGAUCGAGACGCAGGAACCGAACCCGUUGAUCGAGUACGUGUCGGUGCUGCGGAGGAACUGCGCGGCCGAGCUGUGGGACGUAACGGAGCAGAACAACCUGUUCAACAGCUCGAUUUGGCACUACGAGGCGGAUGUGGUGUUGAAGCGGUACCAGGACGACCUGGCGGAUGCGAUUCGGCGGGGGUACGACGGACGGACGCCGGAGGAGACGUGGAUCUUCCCGGCGGCGUUGAUGUUCUGCCUGGCGGUGUUCACGAUGAUCGGGUACGGGAACAUGGUCCCGAGGACGGCCUGGGGCAAGGGCGCGACGGUGAUCUACGCGACCUUUGGGAUCCCGCUCUACAUUCUGUACUUUAUGAACAUGGGCAAGGUGUUGGCUUCCACCUUCAAGUGGCUCUACACGUGGCUUCACGAGUGCAGCCACGGCCACGACGACGAUCUGGCCCUGGAGGACGGCAACGGAGUGCCGCAGCGCAAGCGGAUCAUCGUCCCGACGACCGCCUGCCUCUGGGUCAUCACGAUCUACAUCGCAACGGGGACGAUCAUGUUCGCCGAGUGGGAAAAGUGGUCCUACCUCGACUCGGCGUACUUUUGCGUGACCAGUCUGUGCAAGAUCGGCAUCGGCGAUCUCGUCCCGGGCGCCAACAUCCUGGACUCGCAGUCCGGCAAGCCGACCAAGCUGGUCAUCAACUUUGUGUACAUGCUGCUCGGGAUGGGCCUGGUGGCGAUGUGCUACAUCCUGAUGCGGGAGGAGGUGCGCAUCAAGAUGCAGGAGAUCAAGGAGGACACCCGGCUGUGCCUCGAGGACAUGAGCUCCAAGUUUGCCAAGUGCUUCGGGACGGGCAAGGACGCGCAGUACUACGAUUGAUCGCGGGUUGAUUCCAGUGAAGAGUGCGUGUGCGUGUGAGCAGUGUUUCUUAAAAGUUAAUUCCCUGUUCUAGGCACUAAGUUUCUCUAUAGCAAGUAGGAGGUGUGCCUAGGUUAUAUUUAUCGGAUAAUCUCUUAGGUUAGUUGGUGGCACGCGCAGCACAGCGCACGCUGAGCAAAACAGAGCGAUUUUUUAUUAUUUUGAUUUUAAAAUAAAUCUACAACGGACUAAACACAGCCAAGAGGUGUGAGAUGAGUUA